AUGUCAUAACCUGUUCUAAAUAAAGUUAGAGAAAGAUUAUUCUUUUUGUCUCCAACAGUUUAAGCUGGUUGGGAACCUGAAUCAAAGAGAGAAGAUUUUGAAGAAUUAAAGAUACUUGGAUAAGGUAUUGAUAUAAUUAUUAUGAUAUUUGAAUAGGUGCAUUUGGAGUUGUAAAGAAAGUAACUCACAAGAAAACUAAUAUUGUAUAUGCAAUAAAAAUAGUAGAGAAAGCAAUGCUUAAGAAAACUAAUAUGGUUGAAUAAAUGUAAAAUGAAGUAAAAAUAAUGUAUUCUUUAAAUCAUCCAUAUAUAUUGAAAUUGUACAAUCAUUUUGAAGAUGAUAUAAAUGUAUAUUUGAUUUUAGAAUUUGUUGGAGGAGUAAUAUUUUAAAUUAAUUUUAGGGAUAAUUAUAUGCAGUCUUAUGGAGAUAACCAUAAAAGAAAUUUGAUGAAAAAACUUCAGCCAAAUUUAUACUUUAAGCAUGUCUAGCUUUAGAAAAUAUUCAUUCAAAAAAUAUUGUUCAUAGAGAUAUUAAACCAGAAAAUUUAUUAUUAGAUGAAAAAUAAGAUAUAAAAUUGGCUGACUUUGGUUGGUCUAAUUUCUUAAAACCUAAUGAAAUUAGAUAAACAUUUUGUGGUACAUUGGACUAUUUAGCUCCAGAAAUGUUAGAAAAAUCUAGAUAACAUGAUCAUUAAAUAGAUAUUUGGGCUAUAGGUGUUCUCUGUUUUGAAUUAUUAACUGGAUUAAGUCCAUUUGCUCCAUAAAUUAAUAUCAAUAAUUAAACUUUUGUUGAAAAAACAACUAAAGACAAUAUAAUAAAUUUAAGAUUUUAGUUUCCUACAUCAUUUCCACCAUUAGCAUAAGAUCUAAUCAAAAUGAUUUUAGUUAAAGAACCAGGAAAAAGAUCUACUUGUUAAUAGAUUAAAGAACAUUAAUGGAUAGUUUGUAAUAAUAAUUAUAAUAAACUUAUAGAAAAUACAUAACAUGUUAAAAUUCCAGCUUCUCUAACUGUCUAAUAAGAGAAAAAAAUAAUUCAGAAUCCUGAAAUUGAAAGUUUACAAAAAGAUGGUAAAUUAGUAUUUACUAAUGAUCAAAUUUACAGUUUUUCUAGACCAGAUUCUGUAUAAUUAAAUUUAUUAAUAUUAGAUUAUUGUUAAAGAUUUUUUACAAGGAGAUAAUACCAAUAAUAAGUUAGUGGAGGCUUUGAAUAAAAAAAUGAAAGAAAAAGAUUCAAAAAUUUAAGCUUUAGAAAUAGAAAAUUAAAAAAAAUAAUAGGAAAUUAAUGAACAUUUAUCAACUAUUGAUUUAAUGAAAAAAUCUGGAUAAGCAAGUUAAGAAAUUUAAUCUAUGCAACAUAAAUUAAAGUUAUAAGAUGAGAGAUAUGCAUUUAUGAAAUAAUAAUAUGAAUAGCAAUUAUAAAAGAAUAUCGAAUUAGAAAAAAAAAUAAGAGAAUUAGAAUCACAAGUAUAUUAUUGAAUUCAAUAAUAUUAGAGCAAUUAAAUAGAAUAAAUGAAAUCAAAAAUGAAUAAAUAUAAGGAAGAAGCUGAAAUAUUCAAAACAAGAGCUAAAAAAGCAGAAGAACAAGUCUAAUAAAUGGUUAUUUCAGGAAUAAAUGAGAAAGUUCAAUUAUAUAUUUAUCAAUAGGAAUUUCAAGAAGUACCUAAAUAAUAAGAGUAAGUAUCCAAUGUUGACGAUCUCUUGAAGAAACUAUAAAACAAAUAUGAUACAAAAUCAUGA